AUGCUCGGCCCUACCGUUCUUCCUCACUGCUAUAUCUCCCCUGUCGUGCCCAACCACCCCGCAUCCCUGGCAGCACACAGACAUGUCCCGCAAAGCCCCCUCCCGCUUCACAUCCUCAUCGUCGGCUGCGGUCUCGGUGGCCUCGCCGCCGCGCACUGUCUCGCGCAGGCGGGGCACAAGAUCACCCUCUUCGAGUCUGCGCCGGCCAUAGGGGAGGUCGGCGCGGGCAUCCAGGUCUCGCCUAACAUCACCCGCCUCCUCAUCCGCUGGGGACUCGCCGAGGAGCUCAGGAAGGUCUCCGUCAAACCCGAGGCCCUCACCUUCCGCAGGUACAGCACCGGCGAGAUGGUCGCGUACACACGCUGGAUGGAGCGCAUGGACGCCUUCGGUGCGCCGUACUACCACAUCCACCGCGCCGACUUCCACAAGCUCCUGUACGACCUCGCCGAGAAGGAGAUGGACCUCCGCCUCAACUCGACCGUCGUCGACUGCGACCCGGAGGCGCCCUCGCUGACCCUCGCGUCGGGCGAGGUCAUCCACGGCGAUCUCAUCAUCGGUGCGGACGGCAUCAAGAGCCGCAUUCAGAAAGCCGUCCUCGGUCGCGAGAACCCCGCGCACCCGACCGGCGACGCCGCGUACCGCGCGACGAUCCCCGCCGCGGCCCUGCUCGCCGACCCCGAGCUCGCGUCGUUCGUCAAGACGCCAGAGAUGACGGGCUGGAUGGGCCCCGGGCGGCACAUCAUGGGGUACCUCGUCCGCGGGGGCGAGCUGUACAACCUCGUCAUGCUGCACCCGGACGAUGGCUCGGUCGAGUCGUGGACCGCAGAGGGCAGCGCAGAAAAGAUGCGCGCUGAUUUCGCCGAUUUUGAGCCUCGGAUCCAGAGGCUGCUGAAGACGGUCGACACGACCCUGAAGUGGCGUCUGAUGGAUCGCAAGCCCCUGGACACAUGGGUCCAUCCCGCGGGUCGUGUCGCUCUCCUAGGAGAUGCGUGUCAUCCCAUGCUGCCGUACCGUGCACAAGGCGCCGCCAUGGCCAUCGAGGACGCCGCCGUGCUCGGCAACCUGCUCACGCGCAUAUCCGACAUUUCCCAGCUGAAGCCGCUCCUGUACGCCUACGAGUCGCUGCGCCUCUCGCGCACCGCGGCCACGCAGGCCUCGUCCCGCCUGAACCAGACGAUCUUCCACCUGCCCGACGGGCCGGAGCAGGAGGCGCGCGACUUCCAGAUGCGCAAGGCCAUGGAGGCCGAGCUCGCGCUGCUGGAGCGCCAGCGCCGCGGGGAGGUCAUCACGGAGGGCGAGAUGAUGGAGGGCAACCCGAACCAGUGGGCGGACCGCAAGAAGAACGAGGCGCAGUUCGGGUACGACGCGGACGAGGUCGCCGACCGGUGGUGGCGCGAGGUCGGCGAGCGCGAGAUUGGCCCGCUGGCGCACGGUGGUGUCGUGCAGAGCGGACGGCUGUGA